UACAUCAAUAAUCAACGGUGGCCUGAAAGUUCAGUUUUGAUGAGUUAAAGUCAGAUAGAGAUGGCAGUUGGAUUUCCAAUAUGCGUGCAGUGUGGGACUAAGAGCAACCCGUGCCGGUGCAAGGUGGUGGGUCCAACGGUUGGGUUCUUAGCAUUUGCGGCGGCGGCCGUAGUGGAGUGGCCAGUGGGGGCGUUGGUGUACUGCUUCCGCCACAUGAAAGGACGGCGUAUCAUGGCUCACCCUGCCACCGUCGUUUACCCCACCGUCAAUAGAGCAAUCCCUAUUUAAUCACUACUACGUACCUCUAUGAUCAUCUAUAUAUCAUGCAUGAUCAUGUUUAAUUAAAUAAAACUUGUAUACCAAGAAACUUUUACUACAAUUUCUUGGUAUUCUAAUUUCCCUAAAUAUUAUUCCUUUAUCUUCAUAGGUGUAAUAGCUUUGUUUCUUGAUUAUAUAUGAACUAAUGGAAAGCAUGUUUGUG